AUGCACCUUGGAUAUCUUGUCCUCACCGUCUUCCUGGGGCAACUGCUGGGCACCAUGGGGCAGAUCACCAUCACCCAGCAAGAAGGACAAGUCACAGUGAAGCAGGGAGACACCUUCCAAACAACCUGCACAUACCAGACCUCCAACUUUAGAGGCUUGCUCUGGUACCAGCAGAGGAAAGGCCAAGCUCCCCAGCUGCUCUCAUAUCAGGCAGCAGCUGGCUGCAAGCUGAGCGGCCGUCUCACCACGUCACUGAACACCACAGGGAAAUACAGCCUCCUGCAGCUGGAGGAAGUCGAGGUCUCUGACAGUGCCUUGUACCUCUGUGCUGUGCAAGACACCCUGGUGCAGGGAGCUUCCUUGGCUGUGCAAGAACCCAGGGGAGGGAGGGCAUUGGCAGUGGGCAGAGCCCAGGUGCAGCAGGAGCCGUCGGCAGAGACCACCAAGGGCACCGGCAUCAGCAUCAGCUGCUCACACCCCAACAUACAGACCAGACACUUCAUCCACUGCAUACACCUGCUGGUGUUGGAAAGUCAUCCUGUAGAGCUGGCAGUUGUACCUCGGCACCAGCACGAGAAGGAGAUGGUGAUUGUUACAGACACCUUCAAGUGUGUCCCACAGUGGCUAGGGUUCAGGACAUAG